GGACGCUUAGGCCGCCAGUCGGGCCGCAGGAAUCGGCGCGUGACUUUGCACAAGGAUUGCGUGGACUCACCCGGAUGAUGCGAUGUGUGACACUGUCAGUUGAUGUGCUCUCGUAAUUGUUGUGGUGAUUGCGUCUCGUGUUGUUCUAAAAUUAUGGUGUGAUCGAGAAUUUUGCUUUAACGAUGGCUGUAUUUUUUAAAUUUUUGAGUUGCGUGUCGCUGUUCAUGUACGUAGCAAACGGUGAGCCCUCCUCCUCCUCUUCUUCUUCCUCCUCAUCAUCCUCGUCCGACAGGAGUCCGCUGACAUCCAGAACUGUGAGGACAAAAUACGGCGAUGUGAGCGGCAUCAUCGUGGCCUUGGAUGCAAAACAUUUGGAGCCGGUUGAAGUGUUCAGGGGAAUACCCUAUGCGAGUCCACCGUUGGGCAGUCUCCGGUUCAUGCCGCCAGUAACCGGUGCCCUUUGGUCCGGUGUUAAAAUUGCGGACAAAUUUAGUCCCGUCUGCCCUCAAAGACUACCGGAUAUACGCAACGAAUCGGCGGCUUUGAAAAGAAUGCCAAGAGGACGUUUGGAAUACCUCAAGCGAUUACUACCAUACCUGAAGGACCAAAGUGAAGACUGCCUCUACCUCAACAUCUACGCACCAGUACAAGGUAUUUACAUCUAA